CGUUGAAGUGCAUUUUGGUUCACGACUGCUAAUACCCCGCCCAUGUCCAAGAUGAAGCGACGUGAAAUGGGCUUCGAUACAAACACGCACAACCAGAAACUCCCCGAGUACAAUGCGCUCGCGGACCAGAAUUUGCGCCACUUUUUCGAAAACCAAAAGCUCCAGAGCCACUUGCACGAAGUGGGCCUCAUUGACAAGACAGGGCGCGUCAUCGACCCGGACAAGCACAAGGCGAAGCUCUCGAUCAUUCAGCAAGAGUUCAAGCUCGCGGAAAAAGCCGAGCUCGCCAAGCAACGCGAAGAAGACGAAAUCCGGCGUCGCGUCCAGCUCCGUCGCCACGCCGCCUUGAACGAAGCGCGAAAAGAGGAAAAAAUCGUCAAGCUCAAAGAAGACCGCAAGCUCACGCGCCAGAUUGUCCAGGCGGCGAAGGAGUAUGCAGUGCCCCAUGGCUCCAGCAGCAGCAGUAGCGGCUCGGGCCCGCGCUCGACGCUCUCCAAGUCGACCUCGUCGCCGCUCUCGUCGAAAGCCUCCAACAACGACUCGUUCCGCUCAUAAGCACGUAAGACAUGUUGCGAUUUGCCAG